UUUAAUAUUUCGUGGAGCUUACAUUACAACAUUUUCUUCAAAAUGAAUUGAAUACAAGGCUCCACUUUUCGUGUACAUUACACCAUUUCUUCCAUAAUUAAUUUUAUACAAAGCUAUGUUGAAUUUUAUGAGGGUUGCCAGAUUGGACAAAAAUAGGUAUAUGGUAUUGAUGAAGGUAUUUGAUUGCAGAAUGGGGAUACAUUGUAUGAUGGGAAAUUAUACACACCAUAAUAUACACACACAAACUUACACACAUAUACACACACACUCUGUUUGUACUCAUGUUAUAGCCAGCUCUUGACUUUUGUAUGAAUUAUUUUUUAUAAAAUAGUUGUAUCUUGUUGUCAAUCAUUCAUUAUCUUUAACUGGUUAAAUGAAUGUAGUUUGCAUGUUUCAUUAAUGAUUAACAUGUUUAAAAAGUCGUAAAUCUAUGCUUAAUUUAGCUUUAAGUAUAUUUUGCAUUUUUAUACAUAUUCUGCAUUUCCACUGAAGAAAGCAAUAAUUAAUCAACAUACUGCUGUAAAUGUAAAUGUAAAUGCUGAGUCUGUAGCCAUUCAGCUAUGGGUUUCACAGCCCUAUAAUAAUGAUACAAGUAUUAUCCAAGUAUUAUCAGCUUACCAAACCAAACAGAUUUUCAGGUCUUCUGUUUCCCACAUUUAUUGAUUAAUUAAUUUCCCAUCAUGAAAAUGUAUCCCCAUUCCCCAAACCAAUACCUUCUUCAAUACCACAAAAAAAACAGACAAAUACAGCUUUUUACGCCAAUCUGGCAACCCCUCAUCAAAUCUGACAUAGCACCAGUAUCCCAAAAUAUUAAGCGAAACCAAGCAUAGAAAACAGCAUUGGCAUUAAUAAAAACACAAAAAACAUAAAGCUACUGUUAUAUUAUAAGUAUUUCACUGCCAACCUAUGAAGUCGCAUAAAAAUGUGUGUCUUUUCCUAGGAAUUAAGCUGCAUAGAAAUGUGUCUUUCCUACGAAUUAAGUCUCACAAAAACUUACGAAAUCUGCUGAAAUAGUUGUUUUGUCAGACAGACAGACAGUAGUGAGGUCAUUGUGUCACUUCACCAAAGAAACAGAAGCAGGUUGCCACGGAGAUCAAUAGACACAGGAAGAGACAUCACCACAAGAUGUUACCUGAAACAUAGAAUGAGGCCAUUGUCAGUAAGCUAGGACCCACUUCCUCCUGAAAACACACAAGUGGGCGGGUUUUUCAUGUACCUCAGCCACACUGAGAAAUGGGCAUGGAAAAUAACUCAUACAAACCCUUCUGCAGGCAUGCAACACCUACAUGAAAAUACACACACACUGUUCUGAUACCAUCAGUCUGAUCAGCACAGUAACAGACCCCAAACACACCCACUCCUGAUGGUCUAACUCUCCAGCUGAGUGAAGGGGUAUUUUCAGAGAACAACUAUAGAUUGUGACUUCCUUUCCAACUAACAUACAGGGAUUAUUUUCUAGAACAGCAGCCCUCAUCAAAGGAAGUCUCUUUCUCUCUUCUCUACUCUUCUCAGUGUGUGUUUGUGGGUCGAGCUAGCUACCAGUCAGUCACAGAGAGAUAGUGAGGACGUACAGCCAGAGGAAACAGACAUAUAACUCCUAACAGAGAUGUCUGGUGGUCCCCUCUCCUCCUUCUCCAAACAGGGAAUACUCCUACUCUCUAUCCUCCAUUAUGGGACCUGGGCUGAUGUCCCUCCAAUAGACCAGUAUGGCUUGAAGGGAGGUUCGGUGUGUGUGGCUGUUGCAGAACCCCCUGAUCAACUCAAAGGAAUUACAUGGAAGUUCCGAAAGGAUGUAAUAGUGGAUGAUAAAGACAUAUCUCCUAAAUACAAGAAGAAGGUAGAUUAUAACCCAGUGAACCACACUCUGUGCAUUAAGAAUCUGACAGACACAGACAGUGGAAUUUACAUUGCAAAUGCAAAGAAAAUAGAUUGGACAGAUUCAACGUCUUCAUACAAACUUAAGGUGUUGGAAGCUGUUCCCAUUCCAGCAAUGCAGGUGACAUACUACAACUCAAGUACAGGACUUUGUAACAUCACAGUGAAUUGUUCAGGCUGGAUGUUUUCUGUCUGUGAUGGAGGUCAGUGCCCACUGUACAAGGAUUCUCUGUCAGUCUCUGAGGUCAACAUCACUGUUUCCAGUGGUAAUGGAUUCAUUAAGUGUAUCGUCAACAAUCGUGUCAGCACAGAGACCAAAUCACAACGCAUGAAUGACAUAUGUAUUGCUGAGAAGAAGGGGAUCGCUGCAGCAUCACUAGUUGGCAUCAUUGUGGGCAUUGUUACUGGUGGAUUACUCUUAGUUGGUGUAGGAUGCAUCAUAUCAACCAGAAGAUGGCGAUCCCCUAAAGAAAUACUGCUUCUGAAGGCCGUUGUUCCAGAAGUUGACAACCCAGUGAACGCUAUACCAGGAAGACCAGAACCACAGAACACCCCUGGAUCUGAGGUGACAUCUAUCUACGUUACUGCAGGCAGACCAGGAGCAGUACCAGCAUCAGCAGAAGGAGAAGAGGGGCAUCCAGGGGACAAGGAGUACACUUCACCAGAAGAGAGGAUAGAACGACAGUCCCCCCCACAGGCAGAGACAUUCUACAGCACCCUACAGAUACCAGCUGCAGCACAGCGCCACCCAGUGGGCAAAGGAAAUAAUCUAAAGAAACCAGACACGGUGUACUGCACAAUAGGAGAUUGCCCCUCCAUCCUUCUCAGAGACCCACGGAUGUUGCUUUGAUUAAGAUUGUACCCAUAGACUCAGGUACCGAAUGCAAACACAGGGGAAAUUAUGAAGGAGAGAAUCAUGAUAAUGGGUUUUUAACAUUUCCGUCUAAUUUCAUCCAUAUUUAAAGUGGCAAUCUGCAAUUCAUACGUACUUUUAAUUGAAUUGUAUACAACUAUUAAUCCAUGCAGAAUACAACAUAUGCUUGUUUAAUUCCAUUGUUUGUUAAAACUGUAUUUGUACAAACAAUUGGUGGCAGGGUACCCGCGUUGUUAUUAUUUAGACUGCAGAUUUCCCCUUUAGCGAUAGAAAGUAUGUAAAACAGUCUUAUUUUCUGUAAACGAAAAUGGAAACAUGCAGAUGAAUACAGUAGCCCUAUACAUGCUUUAAAAAAGUGUUUAUACACAAAGCAGCGGUUUGAAAAUGGGAAGCCCAUCCAUUCAAUCAAUCAAUCAAAUCGACCAAUCAAUAAAUAUAUACAUAAACCAAUCAUUCAAUGAAUAAAUAAAUCAAGCAACAACCUA